AUGGAGAUAGUGUCGACUGACCCGCAAGAAGUAAAUUAAUUUAAAUUCACAUCAAUUUUUAAGGGAUUUGAAACUCGAGGCACUGAAAUGGCAGCUGAACGAGCACUUCUUCACCUCCUGGAACAGAACACAAAGAAUAGAAUAACCAGAAAGAUGAAUUCAAAAGCUCGAGACAAACGUGACUUUAUAAUUUUAGGGAAAAACGAUUCAGAUGAGCUUCAGCAGCAGCGUUUUGACCACCAUGAAACCUCAGAAGGCCUACAUUUAGCUAUCAAAAGCAAUAUUGGCAAGCUACAGUACCAAAGUUCAACUUUACAGUCCAAAGAUUUAAUGCCAAGACAAAAAAGAAUUUCUGAAGAGUCUUCAGGAACUAUGGAUUAUAAUGACUACGGUAACCAACCAUUGGGCAUCAAUGACAUAUCAAGUGGUUGUGAACAAUAUUAUGCUCUGGGAAGAUACUACCCUUUUAAUAUUAUUGAUCUGAUGUCUAAAGUAAUCUUCGAAAUACCUAGUUUUGACACGGUAAGCGUUUGUACUACAUUCUUAUAAAGGUGACAGCUAUUUACAGUAG